GUAUCCGUCUUCCUGUCCGUCCGUCCGUCCGUCCGGUGUCGCUGUUCCGUGGGCCGCGAUUGGCCCGCGCAUAAGAUAACGCCGACAAUAAUAAUACCAUUAUAAUCGUGUUGAUUGCGAACGUCGGCCGUCGGCUAAUUGUUCUUUUCAAUAAUAUUACCAUACGCGUCAGGUGUAUAAUAUUAAUAUCGUUUUCGGACCAGGUGACCGGUUCCGGGGACGCGGCCGUACCGUCCCGUCGAUCAUGUCCGCCCGGGACGCCGCCGCGGCCAAUAAAGCGCGUGCCGUCUGUUGCGCGGCGUUCCUGUCGUCGUGGUGGUGUCUGGCUCUGGCGGCCGCGGUCGACGGCCAGCCGCCGCCGCGAUUGCUGCCGCCCGGCGUCCAGCACGAGUACGACUUUACGUCCGCCGUGCUCGCCGACGGGUCGUCCCGGCAAACGGGCGGCAGUCCGGUCGGCCACCGGUUGGUCGGUCGAUUGGCGGUCACCAACCUAUGGUCGCCGGCCGCCGACGGCGAAAAACUGUUGCUGAUGCACGUGAGUAAAACCAAGCAUACCUUUACUGCACAUUCAUUAUUAAUGUGUGUUUUAUAUAAAAAAUAAAAACAGCUAACGGUCGAACUUGGGUCCAGUAAGAAAUUUCAACAAAAGUGUCCGGAAAAAAAAAAUAAUAAUACUUUUAUUUGUUUACAAUACUAAAUUUCAUUAACUGCAAUUUAAUCAUUGGUGUUCAUCAACACAAAUGAGUUUCACGUAAUAUGCAAUAUUAAAAACGGCUUUUCGAACUUAUGUACAACCGAACGCAAUAAAAAAAUGAUUAGCAAUGUAACGGCGUACAACGAGUAUGACACAAGACACUACUGUAAAAAUAUAUAUUUGUGUGUUCCGUCGUUCUAAAAAAACAAAAUCUCAACCGAAACCGGAAAACCGCGGAACUAGCAAAUCGGACGUAGGUAAAAGUGUAUUUUUACACCAUAUUUGUAUCGCGCCGUUUCCCGGAGAGUACUUAGGCGGCUGUGUAUUAAUUUAUUCAGCUACAACGAUUUUGGGCAUUUUAAUCCCAAAUCGUGAGAAGUUUAUGGGCACUAUUAUUAUUUAUUUCGGUUUCAUAACACGGUUGAGCACCGUAAUCUAUACCAGUGUUUCCUGACGGGGGGGGGAAGGAAUUUAGGUAUUACAUGUAGGGGGAGAGUAAUAUAGCGAUGAUGAAAUUGUAAAAAUAAAACACGAAAUGUGUAAAUUUGCCAUAACUAAUAUCAGUUCUUAUUUUUAAUUGCUACUGGAGUAGUGAGAUUUUCGAAAAACUAAAAAGUGGCGUGGAAUGAAAAAAUAUUAGAACGGAUACACUUUGCAUGACGGGGGGGAGGGGUACUGUUGUUGAUGAGAAGUUGGGAAGGUAGGUUAUUUAAUGUAUAUAUCUGUACGCGAUGAUUAAUCAUUGCUAACGAAAAGCGAUUCUGAGCACAGUUGGGUUAUACAUAUUUUGAAAAGCCGAUAGUUACUAUUUCGAUAGUUUAGAUUUUCGACAAAAUUUGGUAUUAAAAUUCUUAUAAAAAAAUAAAAUAAACUAUAUCUAACUCAAACUUUUUCUUAUUAGCCACUGUAAGUACAACUUAUUAUGAACCUCAUGUUAAAUUUUCAAUCAUUUCUGUCUAACAAUUUUAUCCACAGAGUAUCUACCGAAUAAAACGAAUACAAAUUACGUACAAACUCGCAAAAUGAAAAUGUCUAUAAAUAGCUCAAUGUUGCAAAAUGUUUUAAAAAUUUGACCACGUUUAGAAAAAGCAAAUAUAAGUUUUCCGAAUCACAACAAAAAAUAAAAUUGAAAAUUGUACAGUUUGUAAAUUUUCCCCUUUUUCUUACGUUUUUUCACAACUAUUAUGAAAACCGAUUAGAAAAACAAAAAAUGAUCUCUCCAAAGUAUAACUACCUAGACAAAAUUUCCUUUCAAAAAAGGUACUACACUUGAAAAUCGGAACAAGAUUUCUGGUAGAAUAGUUGCUUACUGAUAAUAAAAAGAAAAUAAACAUCAUUGUAAAACCAAUACGUUCCUUCGCUCAGAAUCUAAAAUGUAUAGGGUUUUUAUACGUAAAAUGUAUACACUUUGCUAACUUCAAAUGGUAACCGUUCAUUACGUUGGUGCUAAUUACGCGAAACUGGACAAAUCGCUACGGUAAUUAUAGGCGUGUGCACUGGGCGUGCCGGGUGUGUCUGGACACUACCCGAAAAUUGUAUGAAAACAUUUGUUUUUGCUAUUAUGUUGACAUGGCUACAACUCAUUUGUGCACAUUUACCUUUUUUACAAUUCAUUUGCGCACAAUUUACGAACAAUAAAAACCUUUUUCAAAGAAAUUGAACCACGUUUAGCAUGUAUCUAACCUGUAUACCUACCUCCAAAGUGUGAAAUAUGCAUGCAUUUAUGCACUAAAAACAGGCAAAAUAUACACUGAAAAAUAAUAAAAACAUGCAAAUGCAAUAAAUUCACAGCCCUGGUCAUUAGUGAUGGUGGAAAAUUAUUAUACUCAUACAACAUUGCUACAUUGCAAUUUCCAUAUUUUGAUUGCCUAUGCUCUCGAAAUUUAAAUUUAUUUCAUAUUAUACAACGUUUUUCUCUCCAUGUUAAACAAAUAGCGUCCACCGUUAUUACGCGGCGAUCGGAAACUCAACUAAAAUUUAUAGGUAAGAGAUUUGUUACAAGCUUAUAACUUAUAACUUACAAAGUUUAUCAAUUAUUGGUGAAAAAACUUUAACAAAAAUAGGGUUAAAUUAAAAAUAUACCAAUAAAAAAAAUUAAAGCUUGUCCCAUACGACUCAUGUACUUGGUGAGCGCAGUAAUCGCGAUUAUAACGUAUUAUUAGUGACAACUGAUGGUAAACACCGAUUGAAAAUAAUCUUUAUACUUUAAGACACCAUGUACAACCAAAAUUGUAACACGUUUCCAUUAUUCACGAUUUUGUGCGCAAACAAGUUUCAACCGUUGACAUAUGAUAACUGCAGUAGGUACAAGUUUUAUGUUUUGUAAAAUCACCAUCACUUUAUUUUUUCUUAAUUUAAAAUUAUCAGUUCAUACAUUUCGACUUCACUAUCAAUUUCGUUCAUAUCUUUUACGACUAUGUAACCAAAUAUACUGGCUUGAUUGUAAUUAUCCAAGUUAUUUAUUUAUAGACUAUGAUUAUCGACUGGUUAUUAAAAAAAAAACUUUUUAUUUUCCUUUUUUGAAGUGUACCUAUGAUGUUCAAUUUUGUAAUUGAUAUAAUUAUGAAAACUAAUUUAAAAACAGUGUACAGAAUUAUUUAUUAAUUUGUAUUAUCUAGUAUUAAAAGGUAAUAAAAGUUGAUUGUGGGGGUGGGUAUUGGGAUUCACCUAAUAAAUUCAUUUUGCUCGGGCACGAUCCGAACUUAAAGUCUACGCACGUCUGUUGCUAUUUUAGCGGACGGCUGAUGUAUCGAAAAUAUCGAAAAUCCGUCGUUAAUUUCUAGUUAUUUUUAAAUUUGUACGGUUCUCGUUUGGCCUAACCAUAAUCACUAAUCCUUCCGCAGUGUCUUGUCGAGUGUUGCACGGUGCAAAGUCUCGCGAGUCUCUUAAAAAUUAACCAACAAUAUUUAAACUACGAACUCUACAAAUAAUUUACUCGUAUCGUUAUAUUAUCGAUUAAUGUACAUAUUUGUUCUCGCAUAUUUUAUAUGACCGUUAUUAUUAUGUUAUCGAUUAUUAUACACAUUCAACACUUCACACGUAAUUAUUAUAUACAAUUCAGUGACGAUGCGAUGCCCAAUUUUCGGGUUAACCGUUCCAUCUAUACAUUUAGCGGGUGUUGGGCAUGACCCUUGCGUGGGUAAUUGGUUAGUACAUUACUUGGGCUACAGUCCAAGUAGUGUUCGGUAGGAAAUCGUCCUUUCGGUUAAAACAAAAAAUACGGAAGACUGUACACGGGGCAAGAGAGUUCGGUAACCGUGUUAAAUGUUGUAAAUCGUGUUCUGAACGAAAACCCCGUUAGUGUGACAAAUCUCAUAAUACAACAAUAUUAAAACUGAUUAUGUGUUUUGUUUAGAAUCGUUUAGACUUUUUACGAUUGUAAACGUUAAGAAUUUGUAAAAAAACACGACCCUUGACCGUAAGCUAUAAUAUAAUAUAUGCCGGUCCAAUUCGAUCAAUGCGUUUGUUUAAUCUAAGAUCAUUUUUUUUUUUCAAUUUCUACUGCAUACCAGUUACAGUCGCCCAAACUGCAGACGUGGUCGAAAAAAUCAAAAAACGACGCUGGCCGUCAGUUUGUCGACCGCGAAUCGUACGUCGAUAAGUUCACGGGCCAGCCGUUUUUUGUGCAUUGGAAAAACGGACGCGUAGUCAACGUGUACGCCACUGCCACUAAUUCACGAGCCGAGGAAAACUUUAGAAAAGGAAUCGCCGCUCUUUUUCAGGUAAUAGUCUAAAUGGGCCUGUGCCCGAAAAAAACCCGCAUGUGUUUUAUCUGUCUGGCAAACGCUAUACGGUCCCGGGACCAUUCGCGUAGAUAAUUAUUGCAAUUUUCGUAAGGAUCUUUUUUUUUUAAAAAUAAAAUACAGCCCGUGUUACACGCUGAUAAUGUAUCUUUUUAUGGGUGAAAUAAGUUUUUAAACCAGUUUAGCAGUUUUUGAGCUCACCCAUUAAAAACUCGCAAACAAAUCUUUUUUCUUUAUAGUAUCAAUUAUAAAUUAGGUAUUAUAUUAUUACUGUGUAUGAUCACGUUUUUGUGAAAACAAUUACUCAUAGUUUUUUUCCUUUUAUCAUAACUGUUAAUCGCCGAACUUCGGGUUUUAUUCCUAGCAUAUAUAUAUAUUUAUCAAUACCAAGUUAAAUAUUAUAAGACUCGUAUUUAGUAAUAUUAAAAUUAAAAUUUAAAAAAAAAAUAUGUUUAAAAUAGUAUUUAAAUAAGAAAGACGUCCUUAAUAUACGAGUAUGCCCGGAUGAGCGGAGCCUCGCGUUGAACGUUUCGCUUCCGGGCUUAAAUUUUGAAGUACCGCCACUGUAUACGACAUGAAAAAUGUUCUGUCAGCAGGGACGAUAUUGUGCUGUUAAUUUUAACAUUAGAAUAAAUUGACCUGUUAUCAAACUUAAAAAUAAGAACAUUAUCUGCGUAAGAUUGACAAUAUUUUUUUGAUAUUUUAACUUUUAAGAGAAAUACGAGUGUGAAAUAUAAUGAAAUAAUUCGCAUAUCCCGAAUGAAAAUUAAAAUAUCGACAAAAUAGUGUCGACGUUGCACAGAUAACAUUCUCAUAUUUAAAUUCGGUUGUUAGUGGAUUCGCUCCGAUAUUAAAACUAAGGGCACAACUAUUGUUGUUGCUAAACUCAAAUUUGCUUUGUCGUACGUUUGUAAGACGGAGACAGUACAUGCGGCUUUUGCGUAGGUAAUCUUAACAGCGGCCGUGUUUUUAUUUUUUUAUUUAUAGUUUCAAUUAUCCAACCAACGGGUUGUAGAACAUUCAACGCUCGGCGAAUGCAAUGUGACCUACGCCCAGAUAGACGACAAUACCGUUUCGAAACGGAUCGACGGAUGCGCGUCUACGAUAAAACUGCCGGAAAUUAAAAAUCCCGACAAAGUAAAUUUUAGUUAAAAACAACGUCUACUAUAGUAAUAAUAUUUAUAUACCACACUCCGAUCGCGUUGUUCCGCACUAUGCGCAGAUUUGGCGAGGCGUACUGCAUUCGAACCGCGCCGGUUUACUGACGUACAUCAACGAGUCUUUGACCGGAGUGUCGUUUGAUGAAGACCACGAGUUUUUCACUAGUUUUAUGCGUGAAGUAGGAGCUUCGGUGUCGGUAAAACAACGCAUAGAAUUAAAAGGUAUGUCGAUUUACCGUUUACUUGUUGAAUUACCCGGUUUUCUGGGCUCAAUAUAAAAAAAAAAUUUGUCCCCCUCCCGUUUCCACCCUUAUCUCUAUCACAAUGUAAAUCGUUGGUGCCUUUUAAUUUGUUAAUUUUUUUUUCUAAACAUUAUAGUACUUCCUUUACUGUGACAACCAAAUUAGAUAGUAAUAACUGUUUUUUCAUCCUCACGCCGAGGUAAUUUAUAAAUAAACAAACAAAAGUCACUUCACACACGGGUGCAGCCACUGUUGUAGAUGGUUAGGUAGAAAGGUAAACCAUUGCUAACGAAAAAACGAUUCUAAGAGGAAUUCAGUUGAUAAAAUGUUGCUUUGUCAACAAUAUAUAUGUCAUGUUAUGGUAAAAUGAUUACAACAAUGUGCGUUUCCAUGACAACAGUGUUUGUUUAAAAAGAUUAAAAUAAUAAAAACUUAAUUAUAACAAAAUAUAAAUAAACCCGUUGCCAAUGAUAACUGUUUUUUUAAUCUUUCAAUCUUUUUUAACCUUAGGUAACAGAUUUUCCUCAUAAUCUCGAAUAUUAAUGAGAAUUUAAAAAAACGACCCCUUUAAAAUACCACCCAGAGAAUAUUUCCUUUCAGAAAAGGUACUAUACUUGAUAAUCGAAGUAAACCUUCUGGUAGAAAAAGUAUUCGCAUAAAAAAAAAACGUAAUCAUCAUUGUAAGAUUAAUACAUUCUUCGCUCCACUCAGAAUCUAAAAUAAUUAUCUUUGUAAAACUAAUACAUUGUUCGCUACACUUGGAAUCUAAAAUAAAACCGUGUUUCUCAGUGACUUUCUGUUUCCAUGUUUAUUUAUUUAUUUUUUGUUUGUUUUAAACUAAAAAUACCAAUUACCCUGUAUGAGUCACCCUUCAGGGAUUGAGUGCAGAUGGGGGAGUAGCCUAUAUGUUAUUCCUGGUCUAGACGUAAAUCAAUGCAAAGUUUCGGUUCAAUCCGUGAUUUUGGCGUAAAAGAGUAACAAACAAACAUUUGCAUUAAUUAUAAUAUUAUUUUGAUUUCUCAUCUCUCAAAAAAUUACAUGUUAAAUCACUAUAAGAACAUUGCAAUAUCUUGGCAAUGCUCCGGUUGAAAACGAUUUCUUUAAGUAAUAAGUUAUAUCAUCCCUCUUAUUUGUAUUAUAAAUGUGAACUUUCUGUGUUAAUAUUAUGAAUUUGUACCAAUAUUGUUAAACUAAUAUAUUAUAUAAUUGUACUUAUACCUGAUCCGUAAAAAUAAAAAAAUAAAUAUGUUUUGUUUAGAGUUCGGGUAUUGUAACUCGGUAUAAUAUUUAAUAAAAAAAAAACAUUUACAAUAAAACAAUAAAGCAGUCAAACUCCUUAAAAAGCACCGGAAAUCCUAAAAAAAAAAACGCACUUAUAUUUAUAAAAACUCCGUAAUUUUAAAUUUUUAAAAAAAAUGAAAAUAAAUUUUCGUGUACUAAUCUUAAAUAGCAUGGACCAAAUUUAUAGCUAACGCAACUUCAUAUUGGACAUUGAGGGGAAAAAAUGCCUACAACAUCCGAAUUUAAAUGAUUAAAGUAUAAAGAAAUUCGAAGGGGGACAAUUUUAAUAGAAAACUAAGGACGUUCCCGCGAGAACUCACUAAACCUAACCAAACUUUUAGGAAACUCAUCAUGGAGAUAAUUAUCUUAAGACAUCUAAAAUUUUUCUCUCACGCGUAUUUUUACAUACAAAUCUCAUAACAAAAGAGUUUAAAAAUAAACUCCACCUUCUUUAAUAUUACCCUACGCAUACGCCUGCUGAGUAAAAAUAAAAUAAAACAGAAUCUUCUGAAUACGCAUAAUUUAAUAGCUGUUAAAGAUUUUAUUUUUAAUAAAAAUUAUUUAAGUUUUUAAAACUGCAUUAAAAAUGUCUCAGGGACAAUAUUCUCCCAAACUUUAAAGACUUACACUAAAGAGGAAUGAUAAUUUAACCUUAAAUAAGAAGGGGGCACCAUUUCCUCCCCACUUAAAUCACUGAUGAUAGCGAGUUGGUGACUGGUAUUAAAAUAAAGGUGUGUUAAUAAUUUGUUUCGCAGAAACCACAUUGAAUGGUGAAAUUGUAAUAGCGAACGGUCUUGACGAAGCGAUUGACAAAUUGGAGAAAAAAUUCAAACUCAAAUUGGACAAACAAGAUUUGAAUACAAAACACGAGGUCGAAAAUUGUAAACACUACAAAACGUGCGACACGGUAAAUUUAACAUAAACCGAACGUACGGAAGUACUUUUUAUUAUCGACGACGGAAUGAAUUAUUGUCAUUUAUAAUUUCAAAUAGUUGGAUGACGUAGUGAACGAACACCAUGACUCACUGUUGGAUUCGGAACUUGGAAAAUCGAAAUCGGCUUACGGCGCCGUUAAAGUGAUGGAAUCUAUCGCUGACAGCGAUACGAAUACUAUAAAAAAAGUACUGACUCAUGAAAAAAAUGAGGAUAUUGUGUAAGAUACUUUUGUGUAACGUUUUUCGUACAUUUUAUACAUUAUUAAUGUACUUAUUAAAUAUUAUUAUAUUGCAUACCUACUUAAUAUUAUUUACAGUCAAAACGUUUGGUCUGUCUUAGAAUUCAAUUGUACGAUCUGUUAGGAGCCGCUCUGAACGAAAAAUCCCAUAAGGCCGCAAUGGAAACGUUAAAUUUUGCCGACCCCGAUAACGUCGACAAAGUAGAAAGAUAUCUGUGGGCUGCAUCGAUUAACUUUAAUCCGAAAAUAGAAAUCAUAAAAAGUACAUAACACUAGAGCGUAUUCGGGCUCAACUCUUUGUUGAUUCAUUGUGACCGUAUUUUUUUUUUUAGAUUUGAUGUCGUACACUGAUCGUAAAAUGACCAGUAAAAAACUAGAAGACACCGUUUACAACACUGUAACAGCUAUGGCCAAUCGUUUGAUCCGUUACGACCGCACGGAAUCCAAUGUCCUCGUGAGUAUGCAAUUAUAGAACACGACGAUUUGCUUUUACUACAAGAUUAAACGUCACUAUUCAACGUCAUUAAUCAUAUUUUAUAUUAUACUUCCAUCGUUUCCAUCGCUGUCAGAAUCAUAUUGAAAGGAGACAAAAUUUAAUAAUUUUUAAAAAGAAUAGUCUUAUUUUAAAAACUCACAAUAAUAUAGGUAUAUAAAACAAUAUUCUCGCAUACUAAUUAUGUGACUACCCUGUUUUGAUUUGAAAAAAAAAACCAUACUUACUGGCUCAUUAAUAAAAAGUUUCCUUCUUUCGAUUUAGCGAUAAGUCUUUCAAUUAUUUAUCCAAAACUUGUUGCGCGUAUAAAUGACAUACAUUAAUUUUUAUUUUUAUCUUUGUUUCCCGCCAAACGGCCAAAUAAAAAUAUACGCUCGUUUGAUUUCAGCUCUACGACGAGCUAGUCGUAAAAACGUUGGAAAAACUGGGGAAAUGUAAAAAAGACGACGACGAAUGUUUACUGACUUAUAUCAGGGCAUUGGCCAAUCUCAAACAUCCAUUGUCGGUCGAUACACUCUUGAACUAUGCACUAAACGGAAACAGAAAGUAAGAAUUAACGUGAUUUUUUUAAGCAAUAUCUGUGUACUGUUUAGGUAUCUAUAAUUAUUUUCACGUAAAAAAUCGAUUAAGACGUAUGACGUUUUUGUGUAUGCUAAUCGAUUUCGGUGCCAUAGUGCUAAAUUGAAGUAUGGUACGGAGUUUUAUCUAUUAUCAAUCUCGAUUAUUUUUUUUUAUUUUUUAUUAUUUAUUUAGUUUGACGAUUAUUAACAAACAUUAUAUCAUUUUUCACCUGUCUAAACAUUUGAUUGUAACAAAAUAUUUAAAUAAAUUGAAUUUAAUGAAAAUUCAUUGAAUGGGGUGCUGAAUUUAUAGCGGUAGGAUACACAUGGUAGAUUAAGAUGCACUCCGUACAUACCCGAAUUCAUUACUAUGGUGCCGAGCUCGACUAGCAUACGUAAAUACAUGAACAGGCGAUAAGUGGCAUAAAAACCAGUGGUUCUCAAUCUUUGUUUGUUGGCGACCCAAGAUAUUUACACAAUUUUUCAUGCGACCUUUUUGAAAAUAAUCCCCAACGAAGGACUACCCAUCCUACCCAACCUACUUAAUUUUUCAAUUGCCAUAACUAAAAUAAACUAUUAUACUUUUCAUUUAUUUUAAAACUAAUGUAUACGACUUAACGAGUAAUAGGUAUCUUGUGAAGUUCACAAUAAUGACAUUUGAUACCAAUACAAAUGCUGGUCAACAACUACCAAAUUUAAUCGUUUCUGUGAAUGUGAUCCGAUAAAGUGUAUUUAUAAUAUUGAAAAACUAUGGUCCAAAAUUAUAAAUUUAUACUUGUUUGUCGAGAAAAAUAAUUUAUGAAAAAUAUUUCAUUAAUUCUUUUUAAAACUAUUUUAUACAGGUAGUCUAAAAUGAAAUUAUUAUAUUAACGUUUUUAUUACUUGGUGACCCAUUUAAAAUUAUUCGAGACCCGAAAUUGGGUCGCGACCCUAUGGUUGAGAAACGAUGAUAUAAACUAUAAAAGUUAAAAUUAAUAUUCAAAUGAUAGUAACAUAUUAUUAUGCUGGUGAUUUUUUUUUAUUGUCCCAAAAAACCGCGAUGGGUGGUCAUUUGCAUCCGGAAAAAUAUUUUGCAUACUUGAUACAUAUUUUAAAUUUUUUUUUUUUAGAUUAAAUUUUGAGCGUAGCUAUUGUUAUGUUAUGAAAUAUAGGUUUUACUAUAUAGUGUAUGGUUUUAAUUGUUUUUUUUCUGUCCAUGGACGACUUUUCAAGCAAAAAUCUUGUUCCACAUCAUCCACAUCAGGAGUGGUUUUUAGUAGAAAAAUACUGUCUAGUUGAUUGUACAUUUUGUAGCCACUACGUGAUAUAUAUUUAACUAUCCAUCAUAACAGACAAACAGAAACAUCCUUUUAUCAAUAAUAUAGAAGAAAAGACGUAUUGCUAUUUCAAAUAAAAUUCGCUAUGCUCGAAAUUUAAAAACAAUAUGUAACGCAAUUGUUAUUGUUCAUAUUGAUAUUGUUAUUGUUAUUUCAGAAUCAGUGCAUACGCCAUGAAAACGAUCAAAGUUUUCGGCCCGAAUCUAUGGAAUAGCCAAGUGUUGAAGUACUGUAACAGGAUCUUCUUUCAGUUGUUAAAAGAACAGGAUAGUAGCACCAGAUUGAUAGCGCUAAGCAUACUUCUGGAAUCCAAUCCCGAUUACGAUUUGCUGAAACACGUGAUCAAAUGGCUCAUGGUACCGAAAGAAGCGUACGAAAUCAAACAGAACGCGUUGGAGUUAUUGAAGGAAAUGGCAAACCAGUGAGGCAUUUGAAAGGUUCUUAAACGUUAGACUCGUCUAGUGAAAAGGGGGCGAGAGGGAGAGAGAGCAUAGACGUAAUAACGGAUAAUGCAAUAGAUGCCUAAUUGUAUUUUGAUGGAAACAGCUACAAUAAGGUGUUUUUCGUAGUAUUGAAAUUGUUGUUCCGUCUUUCAGAAACGAAAAAUCGGCAAACCUCUUGCAAACGGUUUUGAUCCGAGAACGACUGAACCAUUACGGUACUAUGGCCCAGAGAGGCUUGUCAUCGACGUUUUCCAGAAAGUUUAUCAACCACAACAACAUUACCGGACUUGUGAAAACGUCCCAACACAUCUACUCGGGAGUGACGAAACGCGGCACGGUGGACAUUGUUUUCGAACGCGAUGGCGUCCAGUACGAUCUGUGCAACGUGCGUUCAUAUUAUUCUUGUUUACAGCGAGAUUUUCACUUGUUUUUUAUUUUUAUUUUCAGUUUGGUCUGUUCAGCACCGGACUCGGGUACUUUACGUCACUGUACGACGACUCGGGCAAUAAAGACACGUCCGACGAGGCGAACCUACCGGCAACGGCUGGCUUGGAACUAAUCGUGUUCGGCGUACACAUCAGACCGUUCGUCAUGUUUAAUAGUCAGGGUCAGCUUAUGGGACAUGUCUGGGCAGGGACAGGGUCGGAUAGAACGCCGAUAUUUCAGGUGUGUACCUAUACAAUCAAACACGGAUCAGAGGGGUAUAAGGGGCCAUAGCCCGCGGACCACAAGAAUCUAAAGGCCUCAGUUGUUGCCAAAUUGUGUUCCUUGUUCAUUAACUUUGAAGUCUUUGGAUAUUUCAUUACUUUUAAUAUUUUUCGUGGCCUGAUGAUGAGUUUUAUAGUGAAAACUAAUAAUCAUUUUUUUUUUUUUGAUAAAAAUAUAUUUAUUUACUUCUAUAUAAUAAAAUACACGAGAUCUUUUUUUCUCUACACAGUAGGUAAUCAUAAUUUUUAUUUUGUUAAAACAUAUUAUUGUCAUAUUGAAACAAACUGAGAAAUAAUUAUUAACAAUUUGUUGUAUGGUUAUUAUUCUUUUUGAACCUUCAUUGAAGAAACGUUUUGCCUUUAAAUGUCUUAUUCAGGGCUUGUAUACAAUAAUGAUGAUAACAUCAUUUAUACAGCUACCAUAUAUGUGAAAAAACGUGACAAGCCUAUAAGAUAUAUUUACUAAACAUGAUCCAACCGUAUUUGCUGCAGGGCAUAUCCCAAAUGAUCGAACACCUGGAAUACUUACCACUGAGCAACGGGAUCACGGCCAAACUGAAUCUCAAGGGGACACUGUCGUUGGACAUUGCCGGCCAGAUGGAGUUGAGUCUGUGGAACAAGAAUGCACAGUCAGUAAUCGAGAAAAAGUAAGAAUACAAUUCAUAUUAUAGUAGAAUUCGCAUACAGGCAGUAUUUCAGUGGCACCGACCGCUACUGGUUUAUUCGGACAACAGAUUUUGCGUAGCAGAUUUAAAUUAAUAAUCGUUCGGUUAUACAGCGUGACCAGCAUAAUGUAAGGCACUAUAGUUAUCUCAGAAAGUAUUAAAUUAUUUCGGAACUUGUUUUUUAAAACAUUUAAGAAAUCAGCAGCUCUAAAAUUCUACAUUUACGUUAUUUUUUGUCAUUCUUAUUUUUGGAGGUGAGAUCACUAUCCGACUAUCAGAUUAUCUAGACCACUUUUGAUUUUCAAAUAGGGUCCUAUAUUAAAUAUUCCAUAAAUAAAUUAAGUUUUAGUUUAAAUACAUUACAUACAUUGAUAUUUUCAGUUUCUGUUAACCCAUUGCCGAGAUUUCACAAGUUUGGGUAGAAAGAGAGUAGUAGAGUAUAAUUUGCAUCAAUUGGUACAGUAGCGCGGCACGUGGUGUUUAAAUACUCCACUACUCUUUUCCUACCCGCAAAACGGCAAACUUAAAAGUGUAUUAUCUCGUCAACGCAUUUAUAGAAGUUAAAAAUGCCAACUCCAACAUUUAUUUAAACUAAAACUUCGUCUAUUUAUAGCAUUUUUAAUAUGGGAUCCCAAAUACAAAUCAAAAAUAAAGUUGCAGUUUCAAACAGGGCUGUAAUGGAUGGUAUACGCGAUUUACUUUUAAAUCAUUUAGAAUAAACACCGUAUACAUAUUCUAGUCACCGUGUGACUUAUAUAGUCAUAGUGUAUACUGUAUUGUGUACCAAGUACAAUGCUAUAGUUAUAACUGGGGUCCGGAUUUAAAUGCACUUAAAAUUCACAAAAAUGCGCAUAAAAUAGUAAAAAAGCGAUGAAAAAUCCAUUCAAAAUAUUUAAAAAUCAAAAAUGGCAGAGGAGUUUAAAGUCCCUUCACUAACGGCUCUAACUUAAUAGAUAAAAUUAUUUAAUACUAAUAAAUGGUCAAUCCAAAUUAAAUAAUUUUUUUAAUACCUACGUAUUUCUAAUCAAAUAUUUAAAAAAAAAAAUUAAUUUUAUUGGAUGGGAACUUUUAACCCUUUACUAUUUUUGAUUUUUAAAUAUAUUUGAAGGGGUUUUUUGUACAACUUUUAAGCGUUUUUUAUGGAUUUUAAGUUUAUUUAAAUCCUGGCCCAAGUUAUACCUUAUAAUAUACCCUCUACUUUAUAGCUUUAGUGCUGUUUUCACCACCCCCAAAAUAACGGUUAUUUAAAAUUUAAGAACUGCUUCUUGCUUAAAUAAUCUAAAAAACGAAUUUCGAAAAAAUGUAAUACUUUUCGAGAUUAUCAGUGUCUUACGCUAUGCUGAUCACUCCGUAUAAGCUUGUAUAGUGUAUAUACCUAUUUAAAAAAUUGACUUAGUUAAGAUUUAAAAAUUUAAAUAUUUCGCAAUUUCUUAAAAUUUAAUUUUUGACUCCACCACGGUGAAUUAUACAAUCAGUUUUCUAUACGUCCCAUUAAAAAACGUCGAGAGCCGCUGAAACGCUAGACUGUUAUACGAUUAAAAGCAUUGAGAGAACUCAUAAUUGUUAUACGAAUACGGCUCUCCGUUAAUUUCGAGAUAAUUUUUUUAAACAAUUUUUAAAACACAUAUAUUAUCUACUUUAUUCGAUAAAGCGGCGGAGUCAGCAUACAGGGAUCCAUGGAACUCAACACGGACGUCACAACGGACCGAGUGGACUUCUCGCUGAUAACUGAAGGACUCUUGCACGUUUAUAGUGACGCCGAGUUCGCCAAAAAUAUCGCAUUUUGUAUGCAAAUCAUUCUCGUCGAGACAAACGUUACGUGAGUAUAAUGUACCAACAAUUAAAAUAAAAAGUUUACAGUAUAAAUACUUAACUGCAGAAGAUAUUAGUUACAUUAGCAUAGCUAGGGAGGUUGGAGUAUUACAACCUACCCCGCCAAUGCUUUUUUUAUUUAGCUAUAGGGAAGGUUAAGAAGGUUGUGAAUUCCUUAAACCUCCCAUAAAUCCUGGCUACACUACUGUUAUGUACCUAAUACUUAUUACAGCAGGUUGGCCUCGGGCCUAUAAAAAAUACAAAUUAUUCCUAAUAUACCUAUGAUCACAAAGUGUUGAACAAAUAAUUAAGGGUGAAGGGGUUGCCCAAAAAUUUCCAUUUAAAGAAACAUAAUAAUAAACAAAAUAUUGAAUGAAAGAUUGUAAAUGAUUGUCUCCAAAAGCCACACGCUUGAAGAGGAGACAACAAUUUGACGAGUACACAAAUCGUGGUUGAAACUGACAUUUUUGAGAUUGAAAAAAUACAAAUUAAUUGAUACCUCUUUAUCAUGAGACUUUUUUAAAUUAAAAAUAUUAUACAUAUUGAAUAGCAUGUAAGUAUUUGAAUUAAAAGAUUUCCAAAAAUCUAACCUUCAUAAAGAAUUAAUUUUACUUCCGAGUAAACUCAAAUAUUUUCAAACGUACCACCAUACCGUAUUCUAAUUAUUAAUUUAUAUUCAUAAAUAUGGUAACUUCUGGUUAACUACUUAUCAAAAUUAAAAAUAAAAACUUCAUUUAGAUUUUCAUUAUCACAGAAAACUUGUGGUUGAGGUUUCUUGUUAGUGGGCAACUCAUCAUAGAAAUGUUUACAAUCAUUAGAAAUUAUAUGACGAAUUGGAUAGGUAUGAUGACAACAUAAAAUCGGCGCACAAUCGAAAUAGAUCGACUCAAUAAUAAAACAAAUGCGACUAAUUCCAGAAUCAAUUCUUUAUUCUAUUUACCAAAAAAUAGUUAUAUGCAAUUUUCAUCUUUGAAUAUCCCAAUGUUUACAGUGAAUGCAUUUAAUAAUAAUAAUGUAGUCUAAUAAUCUAUUCCACACGCCGUCUUCAGUAUUAGGUUGUCUACAUGUGUUUAUUGAUAAUUAAUCGUUUCUUCCCGAAAAAUCAUCCGUUAUUGGGAGGUGUCCGUUAGAGGUUUUACUGCAUACUUUUUCACAAAUAAGUAUAAUACAUACUAGAUAGGUAGGUACUAUCAAAAAACCAAAAUGGUAAAAUUUGAGUAAAAUUUGAAACCUCUAAAAAAUAAAUCCUUUACUAAUUUAAUACGAAAUUUCAUCCCCGUCGUCAUUUCGGAUGUUUGGAAGUGUACUCAAAGCUAAAAAAAACCCAUAAUCCCUUAUGAGGUACCUAUAUCGUACAGUUAAUAAUAUUUUCGGUUUUUCAGAACGAGCAUACGGAAGAGCGAAAAAAUCCACGGGCAACGUUUCGGUGGGUCAACCGUGACAGCGCAUUGGACACAACCCGUUUCUGGGCGUACUUUCGCCCUUAACCAGCUUGUCAAUGAAUUCUGUAACAUUAUCCAUUCCCGGUAACCGGAGAGUAGAGAUUUCUUUUUAUUAUCAAAUCAUUAUUAUUAAUUAUUAUUUUAUUAUAUUUACCUCAAAACACGACUGAAAUUUGUAUUUUAAGUUUUGUUAUACCUAUACGAACAAUAAUAUUGAGAACAAUAAAUUUCAUUAAAUGGUUUAUUUAUUAA